UAUGAGCGCAAUGUGAUAACAACCAAACAUCCAAUAACCCCGUGAUCCAUCAUCUCGUCGCAUUUCAUCGAUUCGAAUUCGUCCACUCAACACAACCGAACUUAUGCCAUGCAGAAAUAUAAAGCCAAUCGUUUCCUUGCCAGCCUCAUGCUAAUGCAUGAAUGCACGGCUGAUAGGACCUACAGAACUCGUCCCGAUCUUGCACCACCUCGCCUUAACAUCACGAUACCGGCAUCGCCCGAUGUUGAGCAAGGUUACUUAUUCAUUGCACCAUACAGCUGGUCUGAAGAAGGCACACCUCAGUCUGGACCAUACAUUGUUGACAACACUGGAGAGCUCGUGUGGUCAGGCUACGGCUAUUUUAACCCCAUAACUGCCAAUUUCCAGCCAGCCAAGUGGGAAGGUCAGGAUGUGUUGUUCGGGUACGAAGGAACGCUCAACCGCCUUCGAGGGCAUGGCCAUGGACACCAUAAAAUCGUAGAUCAGCACUAUCAGACGAUCCGAGAAGUCAGAUCCGCGACUCAAUAUAUAUCCGACCUGCAUGAGUUCAAUAUUGUGGGCGAGAAGACUGCAUUAGUUGGGAGCUAUACGCCCCGCGAGAUCGACUUGUCGGCGUAUGGUGGCGAUUCAAACCAGACCUGGGUUCUUGAGUACAUACUGCAGGAACUCGACAUUGAGACCGGCAAAGUGGUUUUCGAAUGGCACAGCCUUGAUUAUACGUCGCCGAAAGAAAGCAUACUCGGAUUAGGCUCACAAGCGGGCUCAGGCUAUAACAGCUCUACGGCAUGGGACUAUUUACACGUCAACUCUAUCGCCAAGGGCAGUGACGGUCAUUAUCUUAUUUCAGCGCGUUCUGCAUCUACCUUAUACAAGCUCAAUGGAACCGACGGCUCCAUCAUUUGGCGCCUUGGUGGCAAGUUCUCUGACUUCAUCCUAGGGCCAGAGGUAGAGUUUGCAUUCCAGCACCAUGCGCGGUAUGUUUCAGAAGCACUCGACACAAUUUCACUCUUCGAUAAUUCAGCCGGUUCUGGUUCUGCCGGCAAGAUCAUUUCCUUAAAUGUUGACAAGUCGGAAGCAACGCUUGAGCAGGCAUUUCUCCCACCAUAUGCCAUACUUGCAUUCUCGCAAGGGUCUACGCAAAUCCUUCCAAAUGGAAAUGCUCUUGUAAACUGGGGAUCAGCGAAUCAGGUUACAGAAUUCAACAGUAACGGCGAAGUGCUCUUUCAUGCAUUCCUGGAGAGUGGCGUACGUCAGCAGAACACGCAGAACUAUCGCGCAUUUCGAGGCAAUUGGACAGGUUAUUCGCCCGAGUCUCCGGCUGUGAUGGUAGAGGAAACCAAGAACGAUACGUUUUCAAUCUGGGUCAGUUGGAAUGGGGAUACACGAACAGCUAUCUGGCGGCUCUGGUUGACUACCACAUCGGAUGACAUACAAGAAGUCGUUAGUCAUGAUGUCCCACGACAGGGGUUUGAAACUCGGUUCGGACUUUUUGCGAGAGGCUUUUAUAUCAAUGACGUGUAUGUUGAGGCACUCGACAACGAAGGCGGUGUGAUUGGCAGGUCUAGUAAAGCGACUGUCGCUCCAGAUCAAACCAGCAAAGCCCCGGAUAAGAGCUCGUCGGAAAAGAUGGUACAAGUUUCAAGGACUAAUCAGAAAGUCAUUGCUGAGCUUUGAUGUGGGACAUAAGCCAGGAAAGAGGAGGCAUAAGUGAACGCGUACAUAGCCUAUUUAUGGCAAAUUAGUCUUUUCCGAGUUGUUUUGGUGUUGGCUCACCAUGAACGAACUCGUGCUCGUGAUUCGAAAUG